AUGGAGGGUAAGGAGACUCAAUCUCCUGGAUCUGCUCUCCGUCGUUCAGCCACUCACGACGACGGAAUAGAUCCCUUCGAUGCAAUCCUAGAUGCUGACGACGGCUCCGAUGACGCCAGCCCGUCUCUCACGAAAUCCCGGCCGUCCAAUCUCUUCCGUCCGAUCCAGCAGCUCUGGCGACGACCCAUCGUGCGAUUCGCCGUCGCACAGAUCUUCAUCGUCUGGGCUGUCGCAGCGUCGGUUCUUUACAUCCAAGACGUCGCAAUGUCGCACGAGGGGUCGCUACAACACAGCGACAUUUCAGGUCUUGGUGCAGGCAGCGGCCUCGGAGCUGCCGGUCAAGCAACCUUAUUGGAGCAGCUUAAAAAGCGAUUUCACGAACGGUGUCCCAUGCGCCCACCAGUGUGCCGCCCCAGGAUUGACCUAAAGGCGGUUGCGCAUAGCGCGAAGCAUUUCUACGCGCAAGACAAGCCGGACGGGGAAGGCCGGGGCCUGGGGGAGAACGCGGGGGGAUCAGCGGAUGGGAAAAAUGGGACUAGCGGGGGCGGCGGCGGGGCUGGCGGAGCGGGGGAUGAGCUUCCGCUGGUGGUGUUCUUCGCGGGGAUUGAGGGUUCCGGUCAUAAGUUCUUCGAGCAGGUGUUUCGGAACAUAAAGAAGUGGUGGCGUUCGAGCCGCUGCUCCACCUCACCUCUCCCACUCUAUUACCCAUCUCCCCAAUUCCCCAACUUCCCCUGUCUGGUCGUGCAAUUCCCUACCUGCCUGGCGUUGCUGCCCCCAUGCUUUGCCGUGCUGUCCCCUGCGCGUCCUGCAGUGGUGGCGUUCGAGCCGCUGCUCCACCUCACCUCUGAAGAGACCCAAACACACGUGCAUGGCGUGGAUGCGCGCUGUCCGCGCCUGCCCUACGCGCGGCCCCUGCGCGCCUAUGCCAAGGAGAUGGCCGUGCGGCUGGCAGAGAUUGGCAGCUCCGCGUACCUGCGUGCCCGCGACUCCUACCCUCUGGGCCGGGUUCGGACGCCCCUGGCUCGGCCGGACCUAGUGCACAUGCUGCAGCUGGACGGGCUGCUCUUCAAUUUGAAGGUCGUCGUGAUUUCGCGAGGGCUUUCCGACGCCGUGCGGUCGGCCUAUAGGAUGGGCUACCACGGAGGGGACCUGGGCCUGCAGGUGCGCAUAGUGGAGGAUGAGAUGGUAUUCCUAGACACCACCAUGCGCAUGAUCCCCUGCAGCAAGUACAUUGUUCUCGACUUUGACUGGGUGGCUGACAGCCCUGAGCUCGUGGCAGAGCCUCUGGCAGACUUUCUUGGAAUGGGGUUGACAGCAGAGGAUAUAGUAGCGGGGGUAAAAGGCGCCACCCAAACCAAGCCUAAGCACCAAACAGAGUACCCCGAGUUCGGCGGGCAGGCGCUCGACGAGUUUUUUUCGGUCCGGGCAGACAUGUGGCCACUGCUACUGGCUUGUAGGUCGACUCCUUUUUUCCGCCCGCUGCAUCCACGGGAUUGGCCGAUCACGCACUCUGAGCUGGCUGGGGUCAUGGAGAGAAGGCAAGGGUAUGAUUAUGAUUAA